GCAAGGUCCCUUCUAAUCGGCCAGGGGACGACGGCUUGUUCCCAUAGAUACAUCCCAACAGUUGAGCUCCCAUGAUACCCAGUCUACAUAGAGUAGGGAACUACUUAGACUCGCUGGGCUUUUUACCAUCACCUGCGGUUUAUAGCGGUGCACACGCUGUAGCGGUUACUCCACACACUCCUGUGCAGAGGAGCGGGAAUUCUGCAGACAGCUGACAUUUGUAACGCAGGGAAACGUCAGCACUUUUAUAUGCUCCAUCAUACUUUUAAUCAGCAACUUUCUUAAGUGCAGAAAGCAGUUUUUUCCUCCUCUGGAUUUUUCUCUGUCCAGUCUGCUGGUUGAAGAUUUGCCUCCAUUACCCAUUUUUACUCAACCCAGAACAUUUGACGAGAAUGGAACAGCUCUAAUGACGUUAUAAUGGCCCGUACCUCUGAACCGUGAGUUUGUUGUAACGUGUUUUUUCUCUCCGCCCGCUUUUACGCACAAAGAUGAGUUCGGAGAGGCCAAACUUUCUCUCUCAACCCGUGGUGAAGAACGUUUUCAUGUUUCGAAACGGCGAUCCAUACUACGAUGCUCGGCGGAUAGUGAUAAACCAAAAGAGGGUGUGCAACUUUGAAACCUUGCUAAGAGAGGUGACGGGCGGCAUACAAGCCCCGUUUGGAGCCGUGAGAAACAUUUACACACCGAGAGGAGGUCAUAAAGUUGACUGCUUGGAGAGCCUGAGGAGCGGGGAGCAGUACGUCGCUGCUGGGAGGGAAAAAUUCAAAAAGCUAGAUUAUCUACAGAUUGGCUCCAGGAAGAAGAAAAUGAUGCAGACCGUUCCAAUGCAGAUUAAACCAUUUCCACCAAAUAGAUUCAUUGUGUCAGCUCGAUUCCUGAAACCCAUCAAGGAGCCAUGCACCAUAUUUGUGGUGGCAAAUGGUGAUAUAUUGAACUCCGCAGUGAGGCUGUUGGUCCACCAGAGGAUACUGGGCCAGUUUGACAAGAUACUAGAAAUGAUUACAGAGAAGAUGGGUUUAAGAGUCCUCGGGGGAGUUAGAAGUCUCUUUACCUAUGAAGGCCAACAGGUGACUGAGGGGAAUCAGCUGGAGAGUGGUCAGCUUUAUGUGGCUGUGGGAAGAGAAAAGUUUAAGAAGCUUCCUUACAGUGAUCUGCUCUUCACCAAACCCAGAGGGACAAGGCGAGUCAGAGGAAUGAAAUCUUAUUCUUUGCCGCCCAUCUACAGGUUCUCAAAACAGAGUGAAAAUGGUAAGUCAAUGGUCCAGAGCAGUGACAGUGGAGAUGGAGAGUCUCCUAAGGCCUCGCCUCCAAGCCACAACAAGGAACACCUGUCCUCCAUUGUAAGAGAGAUUUCUCAGGCCAGACUGCUCUCCUUAAAGAAGAUUAAGAGCAGACAGAGCUUGACUCCUGGUGCAUCUGACAAUGAUGAACUGGAACAGAAGUUUGAUGAAGGAAAUGCUGAUUGCCAAACACUACAAGACAAUGGAGCUGAAGCGAAACUUGAUGCUACUGAUACAAAUGAAACAGAGGAGAAUGUUGAAAAGCCAGAAGAAAAAGAGGAGGUUGCCACUGAAAAUGGCAGAGAAGAAGGUGAUUUACCUAGCAGUGAAAACAAGAUGAAUAACCAGGAGACAAACGGUGAAAAAGAGGGGGGAGGUGGAGGAAAAACAGAAAUCGAUGGACAAAAAGAUGGAAAAGGAGAAGACAUAGCAGAAAAUGAGAAGAAAGUGGAGGAAAAGAAGGAGGAUCCAGAAAAGAAUAAGAAGGUGUUUAAUGGUGAAGAGUAUGGAUCUAGCAGUGAUAAGGCUCUAGACAGUAAGGAGACUGAGGAUGGAAACAAUAUGUCUUCUCAAGGUGAAAGGAGGAAAAUUGUGGAAGAUGAGAAGGAAGAUAAAGACCACACUGAGGUAGAAAAAAGCACUACGGAUCACACUAAUGAUGUAGACACAGUGGAGGAACAGAAAAAGACGGGAAACGGCAACGAUCCAGAGACGACUCAGUCAGAUAACGAGACUAAAGAGAACGAUAGCAGUAGAAGUAGCAGAGGCAACAGUAAUCAAGAAGAGGAUGAGAACGAAACAAAAGAGGGCACUACCAAAGAGUCAGGUGAAGAAGAAGAGAGCAAGGUGAAUGCUGAGGUCAGUGGAGAAGAUAAUGAGGUAGAAGGUGAAGCAGAGCUCAACACAGAUGAGAAAAAAUGAACCAGCAAAGAUGCCGAGUGCACACACAGGGGAAGAUGGUGAUCAAGAGAGGCAAGACGAAAGUGAAAAAUUUAAAGGAUAGGAAAAAACACCAAGUUCUUUAUACUGAAAAUAUGAAAUUACAAAAUCUAUUUGUAUAAUGAAAGUGACAGAUGAAAAUUUAUAGAAUUUUAUAGAAAACAAAGCAAUAUAAAAGCAGUUUUGCAAUGCUGAGCAUGUAACCUAAGUCUUUAAAUGGUUGUCUGCUAAAUGGCGCAACUACAGAAACACCAUAUGGAUCAAAACUUUAUAACUUUCAUGUUUGAAACAGAAUACACAUAUAAAAUCCAUAUAUUCUUAUUUUUGCAUUAAAAUGUUCUUAACUAAUAGGUUGCUUUAUUGUUUCUUUACACACUGUCUGUGAGCACUGUUGUGAGUGACGCAGAGAAAUGAUAAUAUAAUAAUAUCCUUUGAAAUUUUUCGAAAGAAUGGUUAUGCCUCUCAUAGAAACUCAUACAAAUGUAUUUAACGAGACAUAUAUUAUUGUUUGUUUUUGAAUGGUAAGCUAAUUUAUAAAAAAUUCAGAUCUUCUUACUAAAUGAGUGCUUCCAUCUGUAGGGCUAAAGUUGUCACUGAAUGAUUCGGUUAGCAUCAAAGUGAUGUGCAUCAUAUAAAUUUCACAUACCAGAACACUCGUGCAAGAUUUUUGUCCAUUAUAUUUUUAGUCCCCUCUAACAGCAGGAUCAACACAUCACACUAGUCAACAUCUAUUAUAACAAUGAUGUUUCAUCCCUGUAAUGCAGUUCCAGAGACUUACAGAAUUAUUCCCAGUCUACAAGUGCAAGUGGAGGCCCAGAACCUUACUGUUACGCCUAAUGUUGAUUUCUGUCACUGAACCAUAUUUUCAAUGUCUAAUUUUUAAAGGCAGUUUCAUGUCAUAUUAUUUUGUAAUGUUGCUGCUAUGCCAAUGUCCAUCUGCUUCCAGAAAAAUUAAACUGAGGGAAAAAAAGACAGUUUUUUUGUCUUCUGUAACUGAUACUUCAGUGAUGAAAUGCAUUAGUCAAUGGAAUAGUAAAAAUAAAAUCAUUUAAAAAAGUGAUGAUGAUGUAUGAUAUUGGAAAUUAAUUUCACAGCAGGCGUAAAGCUUUUUUAAAAAGUUCACUGAGUUUACUACACUCUCCAUUCCACAAGAGUUGAGAUGUACGUGUAAAAUGUAAAUACAAGAGAUUUAAACGUUUUAAUGUCCCAUAAGCCCGUUUUUCAUUCACUUUAGAACAUAGAAUGAUAUCAAAUAUUUAAACUGAGAAAACUAUUUUGCAAAAGAAGAAGAAGAAAAAAAAAGGUCAGGAUUCCAACUGCUCAGUAGUUUUCAGUCCUACUUUCCUCACUUUUCUUUUCAUGAUGUGCCAAAUGUUUAGCACCUGGACUUUUCUAUUAGAAGGCCUUGUUGUAGUAGAUGCAGUAUGCAGUUUAGUGUCUUAUACAAUCUGAAAAAGAUUCCAUCUGCAUAGAAGCAUGGGCACUAAUGCACCUCCACACCAUCAGUGAUAAAGGCUUUGUAACUAAGUAUCGGUAACAACCUGGAUGGUCCCUCUCCUCUAUACUCUGGAGGAUGUGAUGUCCAUGCUUUUCAAAAAGAAUCUCAAAUUUCAAUUCUUUUCAUGGUGGAACAGCUUUCCACUUUGACUCAGUGUAUUUGGAUCAUGUUCACAGAUGUAGAUUUUUCUGUGGAUCACCAACACGUUCUGGAAGUUUUCCUGAGCCCAUGCAGAAUCCAUCCUGUUUUUAAUGCAGUGCUGCCUGAGGUCUCAAAUAUCACAUUCCUGUCCCUUCCGCACAGAGAUUUCGCCAGACUCUGUGUAGUAGAUGUGAUAUUUAAAGUCUUUGCAAUUUUACAUUCAGGGACAUUAUUCAGAUUUUUUUUACAAAUUGGACAAUUUGUCACUGCCUCUGUAAAAUGCUCAGUCAUUUUACUGACCUGUUGCCAGUUAACCUACUUAGUUGCAAAAUGUUCCUCCUGCUGUUUCUUUUUCAGUAGCAUUUAUAUUUCCAACCCCAUCACAACUUUUUGAGAUGUGUUGCUGCCAAAGUCAAAAUACAAUUUUUCCUGAAAUAGUAAAACAACUAUGUUUUCUUUUCUCUUUGGUGAAUAAAAUAUCGGUUUAUGAGAUUUUCAAAUCAUCAGAUUCUGUUUUUAUUUACAGCGUCCCAACUUUGCAUUAGAUCUAGCUCUUCAGUCUGUCUUAGUGAAACUGCACUUUGGUCUUUAGCUGCUUUCAUCCUGACAGGAAGAAAAGUGAUAUAUUUUUGGAGAGCCACUCUUCUCACUCUCAUUCAGUGAUUUUAAUUUGUCAUUUUUUUUCCUGAAACAAAGUUCCAUAAAUCCACUAUAAACCACCAGCUGCAGGCAGGAAAUAUGAACUCUGAUCUAAUUCAGUAUGUAUGAUGGCCCCACUGCCCGCUCAUCCCUGCAGCUGUUCAAAUUGGGAUUCAUGCAGUCGAUGUGUUUGUGAGUCACCAUCCCAAGAGAGAUAAGGAACCUGGCUGAGAGGGAGGAGGAAGAACGAGAGAGCAAAGAGCAGGAGACGCAGAAAGCAAAGGAGGUGGGGGCAGGAGUGUGUGAGUCAUAAGGCCUGCCUGGUUGAGGUGAUGAUCCUCAAGAUGCUAUUUCUGGCGUCACCAUUAAUUCUGUGUUAUCUCCUCCACCAGCUACUCUGUUUUCUGAGUGUGUAUGCAUGUGGGCGUGUUCAGUAAGGCCCUAAAUAACACACCCUCCAGACUGAUUGCAAGGGGGGCUUCUACAAUGUAAAAAUGAACAUUAUUAACAUAUUGUUUGAAUUAAUUUAAAUCUAUAAUUAUUUAAACAUUGGUUUGAAUCAAUAAUCAUAAAUUACAAUUUUUUCUUGAUUAAGAAAAAAGGGAAGGCACCAGAUUUUAAAGAACACAAAGUCCUGCUUAGCUAGUAUUGUACAGUAUAUUUAAAUAACCCUGCAGGGAAUUUAGGAAGUAAAAGUGUCAGUUGUUUGGCAACUGUGAGAUAUUAAAGGAAAACAGCAGGGAAGAUUAAAGAUUAAAAUAAGAUCAAAAACAUUUGACCCUUGUGACAACAGUGAAGUAUUUUUUAUUUCUGUAGGGAGACAUAAACUAAGCCACUUUAUACUCCCACUUUAUACCACUUUAUACCUCUCACUUCUGUUGGGAGGUAUAAAGUUUUAUCAACAGUUAAGCCACCAGGCUGUCAGUUUACUGCACAGUGUGCUGCAAUACAGUUUUCACACAUUUCUGAUCCACCGAUAUGUCAGUUUUAUUGUGCUGUUCGAAAAAUAGACAUACUGCAUGUAGACACUGAUUUAUAUGUGUUCUUUAUCCGAUCUGUUCGCAAAUAAGGGUAGCAUCGUUUUUUAUUUAGUGGGAUGAUCCACUGUUACAUCAGGAAAGACUUCAAGUUAGAUGUAUAGCAGAAAAAAAAUAUCCAUUAUGGAUUAGAGUUUGUAAUGCAGCAGGAAACAGCAUAACAUUACAAACCAGCACUGCCUGUUAAAGUCCUGGCCGCACUAGAAGGUUUGUCCAUAAUGGCUUGUUUAACAGCUUGGCUUUUCUUCAUGACCCGCAGCUCAGUGGCUGUGUAUCUUGAAAAUGAAAUGCCUUGCUUAUUACUAGGUUGUUUUGUUUUGUUUUUGUAGUUACAGCUAUGCUUCUGUGUUGCAUCUGAGAGUAAAUGUGUUAAAAUGACACCAGGACUUUUUAAAUAAUAGUAGAAAGAAGAUUGGAGGUAAUUAGAAUAAUAUUGAAAAGGUCAACUUACAUUGACAAUAGUAGUCAGCAUAGCAAAUCAACAUCUUAUACAGUAAAUAUACAAGCUGUGCUGCAAGAAUUUGAUGAUGAGAUAUGGUUUAAAAAAAAAACUGAAGCUUGUAUCUUGGACAGUAGAAUUGUUCUAA